AUGAUACCUCAAUCUCCAGUCAAGUUUUCGUAUGCCGCGCUUGUUACGUCUGCUCUUUGGGCUCCCCUGGUUUCAUGCAAGGAACACCAGCUUCCCGGGGUAGCUGCUCGUCAAGCCAGUAGUCCCUCAAGGGAAGGCAUGGAAUGGGCAACCAAAACCUGGCGGGCCAAGGGCUCGAAAAAGGUCAGGAAUCUGAUUUUGACGAUCCCUGAUGGCUUCGGUCCCGCUUUGGAGGUGUUUGCUCGUGAUUUUGUUCAAUGGAAUAAUACGGCGACUGGAUGGAAUUGUCAGCUCGGAUCCGACAAAGUUCAAAUUGGCUCGAUUCGUACUCGCUCUACAGACUCUUAUGUGACAGACUCUUCUGCCAGUGCGACAGCCUACUCAUGUGCUAUCAAAACUUACAACGGAGCCGUCGGAAUCGACAAGACGGGAAUCCUUGCGCAACGGUACUCGAAGCUGCAAGCUUUUGCCUCUCAUAUUUAUGAUCGAGAGGCAGAACCAACCAUUGCGGAGCAGAUUGUGGGGGAUCAACCACUUGGGCGUGUGGCUGAUUUGCUUUUGGGAGGAGGAUUGUCCAUGUUUUGGCCCAACACUACGACCGGAUCCUCCCGCAAGGAUGGUCGUGAUCUUCUGGCCAAAGCCAAGAAAGCGGGCUUCAAUGUUUUUACCACUCGCACAGGGUUCGACGCACUCAAGGUGGAAAGCCACGAAGAACACCAAGCAGGGAUUUUUCAUUAUGAUCAGGCAUCGCGAAUUGACCAUGCGGCACAUGCCAACGACCCUGUAGGACACCUUCAUGAAAUUAUCAUGUAUAACGAAGUGGUUGAUUACCUCCGGGAAUGGGUUGACAAGAACCAGGAUACCGUUAUGAUCGGAACUGCCAUCACGAAUGCGUACGGAAUUAAUGACGCCAACUCGACGGAGAUUGCAGUCGCAAAAGCCAACAAAGGUAAUACUAACUUUGUCGAUACCCAUAUUGGUCAGGCUAUGGGCCGCCGUGCAAUGAUCAAGUGGGGAACUGGCGGACAUACUGCCGUAGAUGUAAACCUCAUUGGUUACGGACCAAACAUUGAGCGCAUGGCUGGAAACAGGGAUAAUACUGAGGUCGGACAAUUCAUCACCGAUCAACUUGGGCUUGACUUGCCGUCGGCGACCAACCUCUUGAACAUAAAAAGAAUGAAAAAUGGCUGGUAG